GCCAUGAUGGUCAGGUUGCAGAAACGAAUAUGAUACGCCUCCGCAAAAGCUUGACAGGUAGUGGCUUUGCGCGUCGCCAUAACAGAGAGGUCUUGGUCCUCUUCAUCUCUCUCCCUUGUCGGGGGUCCGGGGACUUCAACGGCGAAGAAGAGGCGAGGCAGCGAGCACCUGCCUGCCUGCGGUAACCCGACGACCUGAGCUGCGUCCGAGGCUCUGAGUUCCCACCGGCGGGCCAUAGCGCUCACUUCGGCCGUAGCAUGAGGUGGCCGCCGCCGAUCUCGCCUCGCCGCCUCCUUCUCGUCGUCCUAUUCGUCGCCCUCUGCUCGAUUCCUGGGACUCUUUCUUCGAGGCUCGUCACACUUGAUACCAUUGAUAUAUUUACCACUCAUGAAUGGUUCCACAGCAAGCCAAGUGUGUAUUUCCGUUGCAGUGGAGAUAACAAGACACAUUUACCUGACGUGAAGGAGGCAGAUUCGAUAUAUACAUUUAAGGGUGAAGAAUCAUGGCAGCCCUUAACAGAACUUCCAGAAAAUAAGUGCAAGCGAUGUGGUAUGUAUGAAGAGGAUACGCUUCUACAUGAUGAUGUCUUUGAUGAAUGGGAGCUGUGUUCUAGUGAUUUCAAAGAUGGCAAGUACACACAUUUCAAACAAGGCCAGUUCAAUGCAACUUUCCUGUGCCCAAACUGUACUGCCCCUACUGGUGCUGCAACACAUGGCUCUAGCUCGGAAGUGGAAUCUAAAAAGACAUCGGUCGUGGUUAUCAUAAUAGUAAGCGUUCUUGUCUCCGUUAUUGUCAUCCUCGCCUUGUUCGGGGGUUACAAGUACUGGCUGAGGAAGAAGAGGGAGCGAGAUCAGUUACGAUUUCUCAAGCUUUUCGAAGAGGGAGACGACAUGGACGACGAACUGGGCCUUAGCAAUGAAUUCUAAGAAUGAUAACACAUACAGCCUGACGCUCUGAUCUCCGGUGUUCAGAUAUGGUUUCUCCACUUCACCGUGUAUAAAAUUGUCCUUUUGUUGUGUGCUCCAAAAUUUUGUUAUGUAUAGCAUCUCCGUAGUUGAAACACAUGACUCUGACAACAGCAAAAAACCUCGGUUUAAUGCAUAGCACUUUUCCGCUCGUACA